UAUAGCAAGGACUCACUAAUGUCCGUAAUGAGGCGUACAGUAGAUCGAUUGGCCUUUCUCUUCACCGUCGGCCUAGUGGUGAGCUUCAUACACGCAGAGACUGCCGUUGGAAAUCUAAAAUGCCCCUUACCACCAAAAACGUACCAUUUUGAAACACGAUUCAGGCUGAACUGGUACCAGGCCGUCGAAUAUUGCCGCAGCCGGGGAAUGUUUCUCGUGACCAUCAACAGCCAUCCCCAGUAUAAAGCAGUUGUGACGAUACUGGAGAAGGACGGAUACAUGAAGCCAAACGGCGAUAUGAACAUGUGGACCUCGGCAAACGAUCUAGGGCAGGAGGGCCAGUUUUACUGGGCAUCAACGGGUGAACGGUUGACGUUCAAUCGAUGGAAAGCGAACGAACCGAACAACCUAAAGCAUGACGCAUGUACGUACGAGGAUUGUGUUGUGCUUCAACGUUUUUUGCCCAAUGGCUUCAACUACACGUUCGACGACAGGCCAUGCAAAAGCAUGAACGUAUUCAUGUGCGAAACGCUGAAUUUUUAACUAUUUUAAGCAAUGGUUCUAAAUAGAGAUAUUGGCAUACAUAUUUGUUCAACAUAAAUGUGAAAUAUUGUAGAAAUGUUUAUUAUCAUUU